AUGACUGUCGAAAUUCAGAAUGGCGUGAAAGACGUCCGGUCUGCGCUGCCUUUGGUUCAGAAGCUGUCCAAGGACCAUGAUUUGGUGCUGAAGACCUUCCGUCUGCUAAUCGCAGACCUUUGCCAGCAGUUCAAUGGCGGACAUCCUGGUGGCGCCAUCGGCAUGGCUGCAAUCGGUGUGUCCCUAUGGAAAUAUGUGAUGCGAUAUGCACCUCACUCCCCAGGCUUCUUUAAUCGGGAUCGCUUCGUUCUAUCAAAUGGUCAUACCUGCCUGUUUCAAUACUCGUUCCUCCAUCUUACCGGUUACAAGGCCAUGACCUUCGAGCAACUCAAGUCAUACCACUCCGAUCGUGUUGACGCACUCUGUCCUGGACAUCCAGAAAUUGAACACGAAGGAAUAGAGGUCACUACAGGGCCUCUAGGUCAAGGUAUUGCCAACGCCGUGGGAUUGGCUAUGGCGACUAAGAACCUCGCCGCUACCUACAAUCGUCCCGGAUUCGAUGUGGUCAACAACCACACCUGGUGUAUGAUUGGUGAUGCUUGCCUUCAGGAGGGCGUUGGGCUUGAGGCCAUCUCACUCGCGGGACACUUCCGUCUGAACAACCUUACGGUGAUUUACGAUAACAACCAGAUCACUUGCGAUGGAUCCGUCGACCUGACCAACACCGAGGAUGUUAAUGCCAAGAUGCGUGCUUGCGGUUGGAAUGUGAUUGAGGUCUCUGAUGGAUGCUUUGAUAUUGAGGGUAUCGUUGCUGCUUUGGAACAAGCUCGCGCCUCCACGGAGAAGCCGACUUUCAUCAACAUAAAGACUGUGAUCGGCUUGGAUAGCAGUGUCGCUGGCACAGCCGUUGCCCAUGGUGCUGCCUUUGGUGCCAAGAGCAUUGUUGAUAUGAAGACUGCUUAUGGCUUCAACCCGGAAGAACACUUCGUUAUCGGCGAAAGUGUCCGUCGUUUCUUCCAAGGACUUCCCGAGCGCGGAGAGCAGUGGGUCCAGGAAUGGGAUCAGCUUGUGCGCGAGUAUACGAGCAAGUAUCCUGAGCUUGGUGCCAACUUCCAAUCUCGCGUUCGUGGUGAACUCCCAGUCAAUUGGCAAGACCACAUCCCCACAAGCUUCCCUGACAAGCCCACCGCCACUCGAGCCGCCUCUGGAAUGGUAUUCAAUCCAGUCGCCAAAGAGGUGAACUCUUUUAUGGUCGGCACAGCAGACCUCUCGCCUUCAGUCAACAUGAUCUGGCCUGGCAAGGUAGAUUUCCAGCAUCCCGACCUCCGUACGACGUGCGGCAUCAACGGUGAUUAUGCAGGUCGUUACAUCCACUACGGUGUGCGCGAGCAUGCAAUGGCUGCCAUUUCCAAUGGCUUGGCAGCCUAUUCCCCCAACACGAUCAUUCCGGUGACCUCGACGUUCUUCAUGUUCUACCUAUAUGCUGCUCCUGCUGUCCGGAUGGGCGCACUCCAACACCUCCAAAUCAUCCAUGUCGCCACUCACGACUCGAUUGGCAUGGGCGAAGAUGGUCCGACCCACCAACCGAUUGAGCUGGCUAAUCUAUACCGCGCAAUGCCGAAUCUGCUAUACAUCCGUCCCGGUGACAGUGAAGAAACAGCCGGUGCAUGGAUCGCUGCCAUUGGUGCCAAGAACACCCCCAGCAUCAUUUCCACCUCCCGCCAAACUCUGCCUCAGCUCGCAGAAACCCGUCGCGAGAGCGUUGCACUCGGCGCAUACGUCUUGUCGGAAGCCGAAUCAGCUACCGUGACUCUGAUUGGUGUCGGAGCCGAGCUCUCGUUUGCAUUGCAGGUUGCUGAUCAACUGAAGGCACAGAGGGGCAUCAUUGCUCGCGUUGUCAGCUUCCCAUGCCAGCGAUUGUUCGAGAGACAAUCAUUGAAGUACAAGCGUGACACAUUAAAACGACACCGUGGCAUUCCCGCUGUUGUGAUUGAGCCCUACGCCCCCAACGGAUGGGAGCGGUACGCGGAUGCGGGUAUCUGUGUGACACGCUUCGGUCACAGUCUCCCGGGCAAGGCUGCGUACAAAUUCUUUGGUUUUGAGACUGACACCUUGACCAGUAAGGUUGCCAACUAUUUGGAGCAGAUCUCGAAAGACGAGUUCCUUCGCGGCGAGUUUGUCGAACUAUGA